AGCAGAUUUCCGAUCGUGGAGGGAGCGGAUUAGAGCUCCGGUCAUCGGUCCGCCUCCUCCCGCUGCUCAGCUGAUCCGGAGGAUUCCCUCUUCGGGGACACUCAGCGCAGCCCUGCCUGUAUGCUCGCCUCGGCUCGCCACCAUCAUGGACUUCAACGUGAAAAAGCUGGCUUCUGAUGCGGGGGUCUUCUUCACCCGGGCCGUGCAGUUCACAGAGGAGAAGCUGGGCCAGGCUGAGAAGACCGAGCUGGAUCCUCACUUGGAGAACCUGAUCUCUCGUGCCGAUUGCACCAAGAACUGGACCGAAAAGAUCUUAAAACAAACAGAGAUUCUGCUGCAGCCCAAUCCAAUUGACCACACUGGCGCUCGAAUCGAGGAGUUCAUCUAUGACAAGCUGGACAAGAAGCUUCCCUCCAGGACGACCAACGCGGAGCUGCUGGGUCAGUACAUGCUGGACGCCGCCAAGGAAUUCGGUGCAGAGACGCCGUACGGCAGCACCCUGAUCACAGUCGGAGAGUACCAGAGGCGGCUCGGAGGAGCCGAGCGCGAGUUCCUCCAGACCUCAGCCGCCACUUUCCUCUCACCUCUGCGCAACUUCCUGGAGGGAGACUGGAGGACCAUAUCAAAAGAGAGGCGGCUCCUGGAGAACCGGCGGCUGGAUCUGGACAUCUGUAAGGCGCGCCUGAAAAAAGCCAAGCAGGCGGAGGCCAAAGCAGCGGCUGCACCCGAUUUUCAGGAGACGCGACCUCGAAAUUAUGUUCUUUCUGCCAGUGCAUCAGCGCUGCUCAGUGAGGAAGUGGACAAAGCGGAGCACGAGCUUCGCGUGGCCCAGACGGAGUUCGAUCGGCAGGCUGAGGUCACCAGGCUGCUGCUCGAAGGCAUCGGGAGCACACAUCUGAACCACCUGCGCUGCCUGCAGGACUUCGCUGAAGCUCAGGCCACGUACUACGCUCAGUGUCAUCACUACAUGCAGGACCUUCAGAGGGAGCUCAACAGGUGUGCUAAUGCUGUCACUGCCCCCCACACCUCUGCCUCCGUCUGCCCCGUCCCCGUUCCCUCUGCCGUCCUGUCCGGGCCGACGUCCUCCGGUGCCGCCGCCGGCUCCUCUUCAUCCAGCCAGACGCCCGUCACGCUCCCCGUGGAGCAGGCGCAGCUGCCCGUCACGGGCGCCAGGAAGGCCAGGGUCCUGUAUGACUACGAUGCCCACGACACCAGCGAGCUCUCGCUGUUGGCUGAUGAGCUCAUCACCGUCUACACCGUACCGGGAAUGGACCCCGACUGGCUGAUCGGAGAACGAGGAAACGAGAAGGGCAAAGUACCUGUGACCUACCUGGAACUGCUGAGCUAAUGGACUGAAAACACACACACACACACACACACACACACACACACACACACACACACACACACACACACACACACACACACACACACACACACCCCUGCAGAAACCUGUCCACUGUCACACGUGUGCACUGGUGCCCAGUUUGUUCCCUUGUGUAUGAGUCCGGCUCACUGAGGUAAACACGCUGAUGCUUAAAGACGCUGUGCAGGUAUCUUCUGACCACCUGGAUGAAGCACACACGGCAGCAGAAACACUGCUUAUGGAUGCACGAAGCUUCAGCUUCAGCUCAUGUUUCUUUGCACCCAUAAGUGGGUGCUAGAGAGCUGGGUUAGCUCAGUGCAUCCAUAGACUGGGUCUGCGCAUUAGUAACAGAUGAAUGGAUCCUGCUUCAUUAUGCUGGACACAUGGAGAUAUGAUUGGUUUGCAUUUAGGUGAGUCUUUGUUUCAGUAACAGAAGUCUGUGCAGUUUCCUGUUAUCAUGAACGUGGAUCUGGAGCAGACGUAACACUUUUGCACACGAGCUGAACGUGUUUCCUGCUGCUAUUCGAUGAGCUAAAAUAUUCGAGUGAAUGAAAACUUUUUGCAAAAACCUCAGUAACAAUCAGACCUGGUGGUUUUCCUUCAGGAGAGGAAUCUGAGUCGUAUUGGACCAAACAAACAGUAUGCCAUCACGGCACGCCGUGCUGAUACCGUUUUAACUCUUUCGUGAUGAUCUUUAACGUGAGUGAAAAUACCUGCACAGCUGUGUUUUCUUCGGUCACAGCAGGGAGGUCAGUGUGGCCGCUGCCUCGGUCAGCCUCGCUCUGCAGCAGCUUCCUGUCUCCUGCUCUGUGUGAAACACUUAUGCAAAGCUGCCUGUUUGAAUCAUUUCUUGUAAUACUUCUGAUUAAAAGGAGGAACAUCAAACACAACGUGACUGUGAGUCAGGGUGUGCAGAGUGCAGCGAGGCCCUCCGUUUGAUGACGCUGCAGUUUGUCUGCUGUUGUGUGGAAACUGAAGCAUUUCUGGGAUGUAGAGUGACAUUCAUAAACCCUUCAAAGUUAGAUCAUAAUUAGAUCGGUUGGUUCUUCUGGUGGGAAGAAAAAGAGGCUCAGUUCAUUCAAAAAGGAACUUCAGGGACGGCGUUAUUCACGCUGUUAAUGAGCAGAGCUCGUGAAAGAUUGCAGGGCUCAGUGAUGCAGAAUGAUCCUUUACUGGAGGAUGAAGGACUUCCUCUGCCUCUUCCCGAUUUUUACCCUCUUCAGGAAAACGAGGGCGAGCCCAUCUAAAAAUCCUCAAAUCUAAAAAGAGUUCCUCCCUGACCCCGUCAGAGCCUGACCGUUUUUAUUUUUAUUUGGUGAGCCAGAUUUGACCUUCGUGCUCUGAAUAUUUGCUGCCCUCAAGGGACAGUGCAGAGUUAUGUGACUAUACACAGAACUACACACAGGGCUGCUAAAAGCAUUCACCCUGCCUUCACACACAUGAACCUGAGUAACAUCCAUUCUUACUGCACAGUGUUGCCCCCCCGCCUUCUGGGAAGUCUUUCCACAGGUUUAGGAGUGUUUAUGGGAAUUUCUGCCCGUCGUUCCAGAAGCACAUCUGUGAGGUCAGACACGGAUGUUGGAGAGGAGGCCUGGCUCACAGUCUCCGCUCUGAUUCAGAGGUUGUAUCAGUUUCAGGGCAGCACUGAUGUUGGUCCCUGCUGCUCGAUUGUGUAACUGAUACAAUAAAAGCAGAAACCAUCUGAUUUGACUUGAGUUGCACGUUUAGUUGUCAUCUUUGUUUACGUGAAGCUUCAGUGAUGCAGCUGUUCUUGCUGUGGGGCUAAAUAUGAUUUCUAAACAUGUGCACUGAGAUAAAUAUGACGAAAGAGAUUGAAGAGCAGCAUCACUCGAUCGCUGAGGCUGAAAUAGAAAGUUUCUCUUCCAGAUUAGAGGCUGGAAGUCUUCCCAUAUCCCACUCUGUCGCACUUCCUUCCAGCCGUUCUGGAGAAAGAUCUGGAAUACCUUUAAAAUACUGGUUGUGUAUGUAAUGUGUUACUUUGAUUAUCGUAAACAAUAAUCAUAUGUCUCUGAGCCAGUGUUGCAGAUUUGCCAAGAAAACCCGAUCAAAGCACCAACCCCCUCCUCAGGUAACCCCGGUCAGAGCGUUAGGACACCUGCAGGGGGCCGUGACUGUAACACCUACGCACCUGUGCCCAUGCCAGGCAGGUACUGUGGGUAAAGGGUAAAUCCAAAGUGAGCUCUAACAGAUGGUGCUUGGGAGCGUUUGAAAUGUUUGUUACAUCUGGAGCUGAGAAAUGUGUCCAGACAAGAUAACAGCUGUGUGUCUAACCUUUGACCUCUAACAGCAUGUAGUAACGUUCCCAGCAGGCGGUCAUGAGCAAACACCUGCUGCUCAGCCUGGACAGGCUGUCCUGUGUAGGGACCCGGUGUAGACCUACGCUCCCACACUCACCUGUGAACGUGAGCAGCAGGUAAAUGAAGGAGGUCUGGGCUCAGCCUCACAGGCAGCCUGAGGAGAACAGCCACCGGUCCUCCAUGUCUCAAUGAGCCAGCUGAGGUGGUUCAGGCCCAGGAUGCACUGAAGAGACUCUGACUCUCGGUGAGCUCGUUGUUCUUCCACCUCUAACAUGUAAAUGGUGCUGGGUCUCCAUGGUGCUGCAUGCAUUAGUCAUACAUGAUAAUCAGAGCUGGGGUUGCAGAACUCCACCUGAGCCCAGAACAGCUAAAUGGAGACGGAGAGAGCUGCUAGAGGCCUGCAUGUUCUCCCUGUGGCUGUGUGAAAAUCUGUGGGUGGGAGCUGAACUUGUUGCUUCAGGGAUUAGCCAGGAUCACAUUUACCAGUUAAGCAGCCCUACAGGUACGAAAACCGGCCAAUCUGGCAACACGGCUCUUCCCUCCAACGGGAACAGAGAAACUAGGAUAACCGCUACGGCUGGGAAUUUCACCUGCAGAGCUGCUCAGCGUGCAGUCCAUGUUAACAAAGCUUCAAAUAAAAAAGGUCAAAGAAGUGACUCACCCUGUGAAACUGAGGACUCGCAUGUUUCUCUUUGUAAUCUGUAAGUCACCGCAGAUGAUGCAAAGUGUUUCUGAGUGGUUUACAUCAGCAGUGAAGCAUGCAGGUCACAACUGUGCGCAUUGUUUUGAGGGGAAUCCCCAGAGAGCCUUCACAUGGCAGCUCAAUAAAACCGGCACGGCAGCUGGCAUAGUUUUACCCGCCUGCUGCAGUUUCUGCCACACUUCAGUAUCAGGUCACGUCUGCUUCAGUACACCAGAAACUAAACACAUUUACUGAGCAUGCUCAGGAAAAAAAAAGGGGGGUUUUGGCUCUGCUACUCGUGGGGUUAAACACAUGUUUUGAAUGCAAACAACUGCAGCAUCCAGUGCUGCCAGCAAGCCUUCACGCCUUUGUUAUAUAAGCAUUUUAGAAAAGUCGUUAACCCUUCAGAGUACAGCCCACAAAUAAGGCUGUAAGUAACCUGUAAUUACACAUAUUCACAGGAUACUUAAGGCCUCAGUCCCUGUAAUUACUUAAAUUUACUUAAAGUGUGCAUGCCUGUGAAAUAUGUUUACUUGUGCAUAAAUAAAGGGAACUUACAUCAUUAGUUACAGUAAUUAGGGUACUUACGGCCUUAGUACCUAUAAUUACAGGUAAUAAGGCCGUAAGUUUCCUGUUAUUAUGCGUAAUUACAGUGAACUUCCUGUUUUAGUUGCGGGCCGUAUUAUGAGGUGUUACCAAAUAGUUUCAUCUAAAAGUCUUUCUGAAGCUCUCCACCACAUUUCAUGGUUUUUCAUCAUAUUCUCAGGUGUAGCUCGUUAUCCAUGUGGUCGAGUACCUUUCCCUUUACAUUUCAAAGCAAUGAUUUAUGCUAAUGCUUAAUUUGUAGCACUGCAUUAAAUCACCAUAGCCCCAUAUGCUACACUGUAGCCAUUCUACACCUUAGUUACAUGAUACCCUUAAAGCCCUACGCGCAGCUGUCCUGUAAUCCACGAGUAUUGGUGUAAUAACCCUGUAACUACAUGUCACAGUGCUGCAGUCUAAGCAGUACAAGUACAGGAUAAUGCUUCUGUGAAACUGAAUGUAAUUUGAUCUCUGCCAGUGCAGUGACUUCCAAGUCUUUUCCUAUGUUUCACUGAAAGUAAAUUUCAGCUUCAAAGCUUUUUUUUUUUUUUUUUUGGCAAAGUGAUGCAAACGCACCAGCAUGCAAAUACAAAUGCAGCACAGCAGCAGGCCCUUUAUGCUGUCAGCUCCAACAGUAUUCAGCUGCAGGGUCAUUUCCCCUCCGGCGUGGAAGGAGAACUAAACACAAAAAUGAGAAUUUGCAUGGGCAGUAAGGACUGAUGGAGUAACUCCGGCUAAUCUACCCCACAAACAGCCUCAUGGUCAGCAGAGGAAAAGAAGGUGAAGAGGCAGACCAGUCAGAGACAGGAAAGGCUUGGCUGGGCAGUAAGCAAGACUUGGAGUGACACUGAGCAUUUUAAACCUCCUCACAGGCACCAGGUCAGCAGCAGUUUGGUGCAGCAGCUCUUCCACAGUGUUGGUGUGACACAAUGUGACACCAACAGGUUGUGACCAAAGCUGGCUGGUAGGUCAUGAGAUGCUUUUGAAAGCCUGUGAAAAUAAAGUUAUUCAUCAUUCAUGUGAAUUACAGAAGCCAGUGUCCCCUCUGUGUGCACAGAUGAAGGUCUUUGUGUGAUUUUGUUGGUUUUUCUCAUUUUGUUCAGACAUCAGUGAUUUCACAGUGCUGUCGUCCUCCAGUUCAGGGCCGCUGGUUUGAUGUGCAAUAAACCUGCAUGUGUGUUAC